AUGAUCGGAAGAACACGGUUGUUCUCCAGGAAGAUUUUCGCUUUAGGCGAGUCCAAUUUAUUAUUACGGCAGCAUCCUAGGCUAUCGUGUGCCAAUAGAAGAGGGUUUGCCAGUGGUCCUCCUUCAUCGUACAAAGGGCAAAAUGACAACAAGAAGAAGAGAAUUUUCACCACGAAAGUCAUCCCGGGAUUGAUUAUCACUGCGGCAGCGUACGCUGCAAUCGACGAUGAUUUCCGCAGUGGUUGUGUCCAUGUUUUCAAGAUGAUGAAGCGGACGGGAAUCGUUGGGGUGGCCACUGUUAAAUGUUUCAGCAAAUAUAAAGCAGUGUUAUCGAAAGAAUACUCAUCCGAAGAAGAAAGAAACAAAGCGUUAUCAAAAUGUCAUGCCGAAUGUGCACAUAUUACUUAUGAAGCUUUGGCUCACAACGGGGGUAUCUACAUCAAAUUAGGCCAACAUGUGACAGCCCUUACGUACUUGUUACCCCCAGAAUGGCCAGAAGCGAUGUUACCGUUAUUAGACCAGUGUCCUAGAUCCUCCCGCGAAGAAAUCAACCAGUUAUUCAUCGAUGAUCUCGGGAAACCGAUCGAUGAGAUUUUUGAGACUUUUGACCAAGACCCAUUUGGCGUGGCCUCAUUGGCCCAAGUCCAUGUAGCCACCCUCAAAGAUACUAAACAACAAGUGGCAGUGAAAUGCCAGCAUCCAAGCUUGAAUGAGUUUGUUCCACUAGAUUUAUUGUUGACGAACGGUGUGUUCAGUGCAUUGCGGAGGAUUUUCCCUGAGUACAAUUUGAGUUGGUUAGGUGAUGAAUUACAGCGAGGCAUCUAUAUAGAAUUGGAUUUUAACAUCGAAGCAGAAAACUCAAAGAAUACCCGCGAAUAUUUUUCGAAUUUCAAGAACAUUACCGCGCUAAGAAUCCCCGACAUCACUUGGAGUUCCAAAAGAAUUUUGAUCAUGGAGUUUUUACCAGGAAGAAGAUUAGAUGAUUUGAAAUACUUGGAUGAUAAUAAUAUCUCUCGAGCCCAAGUGAGUACCUGUUUAGCCCAUACUUUCAACAACAUGAUCUUCACCCCAGGGGUGGGUAUUCAUUGCGAUCCCCAUGGUGGGAACUUGGCGAUCCGCGCGUUGCCAAAGUCCGAAUCUCACAACGGCCAUAAUUUUGAAAUCAUUUUAUACGAUCAUGGACAGUACAGGCAUGUCACUACCGAGAUGAGAAGAUCAUAUGCAAAAAUGUGGUUGGCAUUGCUUGAUUGUAAACCUCAAGAAGUUAAAAAGUACGCCAAAGAGUUUGCGGGGGUUACCGAAGCCGAGUUUCCGAUCUUUGCUGCUGCCAUCACCGGCAGAGACUUUGACCAUGCGGUAGGCGAUCUUCGAUCCAAGAGAACCCAAGCGGAAAUCGAUAACAUGGCGGCAAAAUUCAGAGAAGAGGAUUUACUCAUUGUGCUCAUGGAAUUGUUGUCCCACUUACCAAGAAUCGUGCCGCUUAUCCUUAAGACCAACGAUUUGGUGAGAAAUUUGGAUGAACGGUUAGAGAAUCCUUUGGGGAUGGAAAAAGGGUUUUUGGUGAUGGCUAGUUACUGUGCCCAGACGGUAUUUUAUGAGGAUAAACAGGUGUUGAAUGAGAAAUAUUCCAAGUUUUCUGUGCGGUGGGUGUUGGGGUACUUGAAGGCUUUAUGGAGGUAUGAAGAAAGAAUUGGCCAAUUAUAUAUAUAUGACAUUGCGGUCACGAUGCAACAACUCAGAGAGAGACUAUAUGGAUACCUAUGUUUCUGA